AAUAUCAAAAUUCACAAAAGAAGCAAACCAAGAAAAUGGCCUUCAAGAACCAUUCUUCAAGAACAAGUCUGUCUUCUUCUUCUUCUUCUUCUUCCACUUCAUUCAGGUUCACAACAAUCAUUACAUUAGCACUCAUCUUCUCUUCUUCUUACUACAUCUUCUUCUCACAGUUCGAUUACUCUCCGGUGACAUUUUCCUCUGUGAAUAUUCCUCCGUUCGCUGGAGAUCUUCGAGACCUUACAUUCCCUUGGAACAAACUCUCUCUCGGACCAAUCUCCGAGAAGCUAAAACUCGCUGUCUUUUGCAAAUCAUGGCCUGUUGGUUCGAUCCCUGGAGGAAUGGAGCGUCACGCUUACACUCUCUACAAUUCUCUUGCCUCAAGAGGUCACGAGAUUCACGUCUUCACGGUUUCUUCCGACAGAAGUAACCAAGAAGAGUAUCACAACAAAGGAGAUCUUCAUGUCUACUUUGCUCCAAACGAACACGGCACUCUUAACCACUCUCAAGCUUUUGAGAUCUUCGACAGAAUCAACGGUGCAGAUGAUCAUCAUCCCUUCGAUUAUGUUCAUACUGAGAGUGUUUCUCUGCCUCAUUGGCGUGUCAAAAUGGUUCCUAACGGUGACAUAGCUGUGACAUGGCACGGUAUCUGGUACGAGAUUAUGCAUUCAAAUCUCUUCCAAGAGCUUUCGAAUGAUCGUCCUACUAGCUCUGAUCUUCAACAAACGAUGCCUAGACUCGUUGAUGAGAUCAGAUUCUUCCCGAGAUAUAAACAGCACAUUUGCAUAAGCAACAGCGCGCGUGAGGUUCUCGUUAACAUCUAUCAGCUUCCUAAGAGAAACGUUCACGUUAUAGUCAACGGCGUUGACCAGACCAAGUUUGUGUAUUCCCCUAAGUCUGGUGCUACGUUCAGGGCCAAACACGGUGUUCCUGAUGGUAAUGGGACUGUUAUUGUGAUGGGUGUCUCUGGACGUUUGGUGAGAGACAAAGGACAUCCACUUCUCUACGAAGCGUUUGCUUCGAUCGUUAGAACGCACCCGCAAGUGUAUCUGCUUGUGGCUGGAUCUGGUCCU